AUGUCGGCUGAUUCACAAGUUCAUUUGAGCAGCAACGAAAAUAAUAAAAGAAGUAAAUCACUGUUACCUUUGUUUCCUAAACGAGACGAAUGUUCGCAUGUGUCUUGUUAUUGCGAGGAAAACGUUUGGAAACUAUGUCAAGAUAUAUCAUUAAGGUUUCCAGAGGAAUUAGUGAGGUGUUACGUCGUCUUUAUUUCAAACCCAUGCCGUACGGUGCCUCUGUGGAAACAAAGGGCUGGGCGUGAGGAGGACCGUCUCGUUAUAUGGGAUUAUCAUGUGAUAUUUCUAUAUUCGUUGGAUUGCCAGGCUUGCCUUGUUUAUGAUCUGGAUUCAGAAUUACCAUUUCCAACAUUUUUCCAUAAAUAUGUGACUGAAACAUUCCGCACUGAUCAGGUCCUAAAGUCUGAUUUUCACAGAUUCUUUCGUGUAGUGCCAGCAAAGCAGUUUUUUCAACAGUUUGCUUCAGAUCGCCGUCACAUGAAAAGACCAGAUGGCUCAUGGAUUAAACCACCACCUCCAUACCCAGCAAUAUCUACACCAAGUUCCGCUCAUAAUUUGGAUGAAUAUAUUAACAUGGAUUUUGAAGUGGGGCCUGGUCAAGUUUUAAACUUAACAGAUUUUGUUCAGCGGUUCUAUAAAGUUAAGAAGUAA